AUUACAUUCAGAUUAGCCUAACGAGUAACUUGUGCAUUUUUGUGUUGGUCUAUAAUGAAAAAAAAAAGCUGGCUUUGAGAAAAUUUCCAGGUGUAUUUGCCAACGUCCUUCGCAAGAUGAGCUUUUUCGGAACAAAAGGUAAUAAAACAUUCAGGUCGAAAAAGAAGAUAUCGAAUGAAGGAUAUCAAUUUGAAAUGAUGAAGCACGCUACGUCGACAUUAGGCUCAGGGAAUUUAAGAGAAGCUGUCAAAUUACCGGAGGGAGAAGACAUAAAUGAAUGGGUUGCUGCUAAUACUCUUGAUUUCUUCAAUCAAAUAAAUAUGCUUUAUGGUACCCUAACGGAAUAUUGUACCGACAAUACUUGUCCAGUAAUGAGAGCGGGAGCGAAAUACGAAUAUCACUGGGCUGAUGGACAAACUGUAAAAAAACCCAUUAAAUGUUCAGCACCGAAAUACAUUGAUUUUUUAAUGACAUGGGUACAAGAACAAUUGGAUGAUGAAGCCCUAUUUCCGUCAAAAAUAGGCGUUCCAUUCCCUAAGAAUUUUCUAGUUAUAGCAAAAACUGUUUUAAAACGGUUAUUUAGGGUUUACGCCCAUAUUUACCAUGAACAUUUUAACCAGGUUAUUGAACUUAAGGAAGAAGCUCAUUUAAAUACGUCUUUUAAACAUUUUAUAUUCUUCAUUCAAGAAUUUAAUUUGGUAGAGAAAAAGGAACUGAUGCCACUUGACGAAUUGAUUAAUACAUUGACAUGGUGAAUGUAAAGGAUAGUACUUUGUGAUACACAUGCGUUUACUGUAUAUGUUUCGUAUGUGAUUUUAUAUAUUUGUUUAUAUAAUAGUACAGGGCAUACAAGGUAUGGAUAGAUGGGUUUUAGAGCUAGUAAGAUUAUCUAAAAUAACUACCUAGUAGUUUAUAGAUAAUCGUUCGAUAUAUGAUUUCAUUUAGAGUUUAUUUUUUUAUGAACUAAUGUGCUAUUUAAGUUGAAAGCAGCCAACUUAUUUUUUGACCAUCAUCAGGUCAGUAAUGAACUCACCAGCUGUCAAUCUGUUUCAAAAUAGUUUGAAAACGGACAUUUUUUUGUAUGUGUCUUUAAUUAUUAUUCAUAAAAAACACUAAUCAUAUAUA